CGCUUUUCGUGCGGGCUAGUGAGGCAUCGUAGGAAGGACUAUGGGUUGACGCUUCGGAGCGUGAAAAAGGACAGUCACCAUGGGGAGGGUGCAGCGGCGGCAACAUGAGGCCGCUCCGGAACAUGUGCAGGAGACACUCAGGGGUCGCUCCCCUGUGUAUUGGUACCUUGUCGUCGGCCAGAAGGUCGACAACAAGGAGGUCAUAAUGUCGCGUUGCACAUUCUGCAACAAAGUGUUCCAGAGGACUCAGUACCAGGCAACGAGACAUUUUAGUCAGACGGAGUAUUGCAAGGACGUCAACGACGAGGCACUUUACGAGAUCACACGAAAGACUCAACAAAAGUUCAUGUUUGAUCAGAUGGAGAGGGUUGCCUGGUGCGCUGUGGAGCGUGGACUCGAUGCGCCCCGGGCCGGUGGUGCAAGGGGAGGCGAGGCGGAACAACGUCUGGAGGGAGGGGGCAGGGGAGAUGGUGGCCAGGGUGCGUCCGACCGCCCAUCGGGGGGUGGAGGCGGGAACAUGGUGGAGGACGUGAUCCACAUCGAUCAUGAGGCUCGUGGCCUGGGCGAGGAGGGACUCUUGGGACACGAGGACGCGCCAGAGUUCCAUCCAGCCACUUGGGAGAGGAUGGUGGACUGGAUGUGGCGAGCAGCCAAGGGUGCGGUGCCUGUACCGAGUGGUCUGAGGGAGGAUGGUCCUUCGAAGAGGAAGGAAGGAGGAGCUGAUCCGGCUGCUACCCACACUGAAAAGAGGCUCCGGCAUUCGCCGCGCGCUGUGCUCCCUAACCACAGCGAGAUUCCCAGCAUGCAUGCGGUGGAGACCCACCAUGCGGAGUUGGCGAAGGAGUUAGAGGAGGUGAGGCAACCAUUCUGGGUGACUGGUGCCACCAUCCUCUUUGACGGGAGGAAAUCACAAGACGGGAGACCAAUUGCGAAUUUCCUUGAUGCACGCUCGCGAGGGGCUGUUAUGUACAUGACGAUCAAUCGAGAGGGGGAGCCGGACGAUGCAGUGCACGUCCUUCAGAGAUGGGACACCAUCUUUCACGAGUUCAGGUUCGGUGGACCGCAGCAGGUCAAUGCGAUUUGCACUGACUCCACUUCAACUGGGGCGGCAUCGAUUGGUCGAGCGCCUUCGAUGGACGAGGCGACAGGUGAGACGGGUUCGCGGACCUCGAGAGAGAGGACGGCGGCGGAGUCCCCAGAUGAGGCACGCGACAUCACGAAGCGAGAGAGGGCUCGACUUAUGGCAUCCAGCGACCCUCGUGCUCAGACGUUCGUACGGGCCUUGGAGGAGCGUAGGCGUCGAGAGACAGGGAGAGAUGGUCAGCAGGGUGGGGUGGUGGCGGGGGCGGUCCGGACGGACGUCACAAAGGCGGUGGCAGCAGAGGCGGUAGAUAAGGUUGUGGUCGGUGGGCCACAAACAGUGGGUGAGGCUGUGGUUGGGGGCCCACAAACGGUGGACGAGGCUGUGGAGGCUGGACAUAGGCGAGACGGGGGGGCGGGCGACUCACGCGCCAUAGUUCAUGACACAACGUCGGGUCAGGUUGUCGCGUUUUUGGGCCUGCAGUUGGCCGAGGCCCGACAGUUGCAGCCGGCGGAGGUGGCAGUGCAUGAUGUGUCAUUUGUUGUUAUCACGGACUUGGGGUUUGGGCCAUUGGUUGUGCGUUCGUGGGCCGUGGCCUAGACGACCGGCUCCUCAGUAGGUUCAUCGUCCAUUGGAUGCAGAGGAGUUGGCGGCGGCCGCUGUGGUCGAUGUUACUCAAUUGGACCAG